AUGGAUCCCAGCAACAGUGCUCAAGAUAUCGUCCGGUGUGACCUUUGUGAGGUUAUAGCGCAGAAGUACUGUGAUUUCUGUCAUGUCAACUUGUGCAUUCCUUGUACCGGAAAACAUAUUUCUGAUGACUAUGAUGAACAUAAAGUAGUUCCAUUCGAACAGAGAGAAUCAACCUUGGUUUAUCCUAAGUGCACAACACAUGAAACAAAAAGAUGUAAAUAUCAUUGUAAAGAAUGCAAUAUAUCUGUAUGUUCUUUAUGUUCUGUAAUAUCAAAUACACACAGGGGGCAUACCAUUUCAACUCUCUUUGAUAUCUAUAAUGCAAAGAGAGAAGUCGUUAGAAAAGACACUGAUGAAUUAGAAAACAUUUCUUCAACAUAUGAAGAAGUAGCAUCAGACAUAGAAGCUCGGUUAGAUAACAUAGAUGGAGAAUACGAAAAACUUUCAACAGCUGUGACCAAACAUGGAGAAGACUGUCAUCGAAUAAUCAAUACCAUUGUUAAUAAAAUGAAAGCAGACAUUAUAGAAAUGAAAAUAGAACAUAUGAGCAUUCUGAGAAAACAGUUGGAUGAAAUCAAACAGAUACAACUUCGAAUUGAGGAACAAUUGUUUAGUUUGAAUAGAAUUCAAGAAUCAAAUGAAGUGUCCAUGACCAUGGAAUACAUUUCUGAAAACAAAGGAUUCGUCAAACUUCCUCCUCAAGUUCAAGUGCCACUGCCAACAUUCAAUCCCAAGGCAAUAGAUACAUAUCAGUUUUACACGUUGUUUGGAUAUCUGACACCCUUAUCUACCACAACAGAAGAGAACGUUUACACAUUGAAGAAACCAGAGACAUCAAGCGGAGAACUGCUAGAGGAAGCAGAACUCAUCACUACUUUAAAUACUGGGUAUCAAAACCUCUGCGGUGUAACCUGUUUCGAUGAAGAAGAAAUCUGGACAAGGGCAACUCAGAUCAGUGAUAUUAAAUGCUUUAAUAUUCAAGGUUCAAUUAUCAAGUCAAUCAAAACAAAAUCAGGUGAACAGGCAAAAGAUGUAGCAGUGACAGGUGAUGGUGAUAUAGUAUACUCUGACUGGAAAACAAGGACAGUAAAUAAAGUGAAGAAUGGACAGACAGAGGAGCUGAUUAGACUUCAGAACUGGGCACCUUCAAAACUCUGUGUCACCUCCUCUGGUGAUCUCCUGGUUAUCAUAUACAGUGAUGACAAAACACAAGUCAAAGUGGUCCGUUACUCAGGUUCCACAGAAAAACAAACAAUACAGUUUGAUGAAGAGGGUAAACCUAUGUAUUCAGGAAAUAGAAAUGUUAUGUACAUCACUGAAAACAGGAACCUGGAUAUCUGUGUGGCUGACUGUGGAGCUGGUGCUGUAGUAGUGGUUAACCGAUCUGGAAAUCUGAGAUUUAAAUACACUGGUCAUCCUGAACAGAAGAGACCAUUUGAUCCUUACGGGAUAACAACAGACAGCAAGAGUCAUAUCCUGACAACAGACUGUAAUAAUCACUGUAUCCACAUCCUAAACCACGAUGGGCAAUUCCUGCAUUCUAUAUAUAACUGUGAUCUAAAGGAUCCAUUUGGUUUACAUGUGGAUAAAAGUGAUAAUCUAUUCAACAUGGAUCCCAGCAACAGUGCCCAAGAUGUCGUCCGAUGUGACCUUUGUGAGGAUGCUAUAAUAGCUAACCUGGAUAGCAAUUAUGAGAAACUUACAGCAGCAGUGACAAAGCAUGGGGAAGAAUGCAAAAGAGUAAUAAAUACCAUUGUUGAUAAAAUGAAAGCAGACAUAGAAGAAAUAAAGAUUAAACAUAUUAGCAUUCUGAAAAAACAUUUGGAUGAAAUCAAACAGAUACAACAUAGCAUUAAGGAAACAUUGCUUAACCUAAAUAGAAUUGAAGAAUCAAAUGAAGUGUUCAUGACCAUGGAAUACAUCUCUAAAAACACAGAAUUCAGAAGACUUCCUCCCAAAGUUCAAGUAUCCCUGCCAACGUUCCGUCCAAAGACAAUAGAUACAGAUCAGUUUGGCAAGUCAUUUGGGUCUCUGGCAGCAUUAUCCACCACAAGAGAAGAAGAGGGGUACAGACUAAAGAAGCCAGUGUCAGCAACCAAAGAACUGUUGGGAGAACCAGAACUUAUCACUACCAUAAAUACUGGGUCUGAAAAACUUUUAAGUGUUAUCUGUUUUGGUGAAGAUGAAAUCUGGACACGGUCAAGAAAUGUCAGUGACAUGAAAUGCUUUAAUAUGCAAGGUUCGCUUAUCAAAUCAAUAAAAACAAAAUCAGAGAAAUAUCCAUAUGACAUAGCAGUGGCAAUUGAUAGGGGUCUAUUGUACUCUGACUGGAAAACAAGGAGUGUGAAUAAAGUGAAAAAUGGACAGACAGAGGAAGUGAUCACACUACAGGAUUGGGUACCUUCACAACUAUGUGUCACCUCCUCUGGUGAUCUCCUGGUUACUAUGUACAGUGAUGAUAAAACACAAGCCAAAGCUGUCCGUUACUCAGGCUCCACAGUGAAACAAAUAAUCCAGUUUGAUGAGGAUGGUAGACCUUUAUAUUCAGGAAAUAACAAAAUUAAGUACAUCACUGAGAACAGAAACCUGGAUAUCUGUGUGGCUGACUGUGGUACCGGUGCUGUAGUAGUGGUUAACCAGACUGGUAAACUCCGAUUUAGAUACACUGGUCAUCCUUGUGCUACAAAGAACAAACCAUUUGAACCUUAUGGGAUAACAACAGACAGUCAGAGUCAGAUCCUGACUGCAGACGGUGAUAACAACUGUAUCCACAUCUUAGACCAGGAUGGAGUAUUCCUCCGUUAUAUAGAUAACUGUGAUCUGAAGGGUCCAUAUGGUUUAUAUAUAGACAAAAGUGAUAGUCUGUAUGUUGCAGAGUGUUUUAGCGGGAAUGUUAAGAAAAUAAAAUAUAUGAAGUGAAAAAAAAAUGAAAUAGAAUGGUACAUGUAUUUUCAACAAACCAUUAAUACACAUCUUUCGAUAGGUACUGACCUCUUUACAACGAAAUGCAAUAUUUCUAACGGAAAAAUUAUUGUAUGAUACCAUUAAAAAUUAAAA